AUGAGUCAACACUCAACACUUCAUGCGAGACCCACUCCGCCGUGGAAAAGCCACGUGACCAGCGCCACCAAUCACAGUCACCAUCUAACCCCACCAUGGAGGGGGGGGGGUCACUCGAAUAAAGGGGGUCGCGGAGGAGCUGGCAAUUCGCAGCCUCAUGAGAAAAAGGACGAAAUUGUAAAUCAGCAGGCUAGUGCAUUCAAUGAAUGCAUUGAGCAGGAAACCACUGCCCCUGCCACGUCCCAACAAGAGGCAGUUCCUACUACAACUGGACUCCAGCAGGUUGGAACCCUGGACACAGUCGUACAGCAGGCAGCCGUUCCUCCUGUCACAACGGUUCCCACAACUGGACUCCAGCAGGCUGGAGCCCAGGAAGUAUCAGCCCUUCCUCCUGCGGUGGAAAAUCUUAUGCGGGAAAACAUCGCAUUACAAGAACGGCUGGCCAGGCGGGAGGCGGAGCUCACCCUUCGUGAAAACCGCCUGGCGCAGGAGGAGAGGCUGGUGCAGCCUCAAAUAUUGGGACUAUUCCCCGGGUCAUACCCGAUGUCUACAAUGAUGCCGCCGUACCACCCCAUGGUACAGUUCGGGAUGCCGGCUCAAAUCCAGCCUCCCUACAUUCAACUUCCGUUCUAUCCGUGCCAGCAGAUUCAGCACUUCCAAGCGCCCACGAUGUGGCCGGGCCCUUCGACGAGCGGUCAGGAGGCGCCAGCGCAGAAGAUCACAACCAGGGAGUGCAAAGAGUGCGAGGAAACAAAAAAACCAAAAAAGUGGCGCGGAAGCUGGAAAUGGAGGGGGCAGGGAAGCUGGAGAGGCCGCGCUAGUUCUAUGCAAUCUGUAGGCAAAGUCUUUGUCUACGGAAUGAAGUAUUCGCCUGUGGAUAACACAGAACGAAAGGAUGCUCAAAAUUUGUAG